UGUGUCCAAAAUGCAAUGUUUUUUUUAGAAGUUGCUUGUUUGUUUACUUGCGGCGAUUACGAAAAUGAAAGGCGCUGUCGAUCCUUGCCAAAAACAGGCAUGUGCUAUUCAAAAAUGCCUGCAAGCAAACAACUACAAAGAAGAAGCCUGCUCGUCCUUCAUCAAGGAGAUGUUGAAGUGUUGUGAGAAGUGGAAAGAAAUGUCUGGCUGCUGCGCCGGGUUCCUGAAAGACGACAAGUCGAAGUAGCUUGCGACCGUGUUGUCCUUUCGAAGCAGUUCUCAGCCGCCUUUGUUCCCCGUAGAUUGUGUAUUCCGCAAGUUUUAAAUAUUAAGUGCCACGAUGGUGCAGCAGUCGAGCAGGUUCAGCGUGGGCAAAGUGAAGCUCUACCACCACCUCGUGCUGGCGGGGCUCAUGCGGGCCGGACUGAUCGUCGUCGGUGAGUGGCAGGACCAGAACCUGCAGGUGAAGUACACCGACAUCGAUUACCACGUAUUCACUGACGGCGCCGCCUACGUGGCCAAGGGAGAGUCGCCGUUCCUCCGGGAAACGUACCGGUACAGUCCCCUGUUGGCCAUGCUCCUCGUUCCCAAUGUGCUUCUUCACCCGGCCUUCGGCAAAGUCCUCUUCUCCGCGGUAGACGUCCUCGUUGGCUACUACGCCUAUCACAUCGUGCGUACGGCCAAGUUCAGCGAACGCAAAGCCGUGCUUUGUGCCUGCCUGUGGCUCUACAACCCCAUCACUUUCGCCGUUUCCACGCGUGGAAGCUCAGAUUCCAUCCUGGCGCUAAUAGUCGUCUUCUCCCUCUUCGCCCUACUCAAGAGCAGGGACACGGCUGCCGGCCUGGCCUACGGUUUGUCGGUUCACCUCAAGAUGUACACGGCCGUUUAUGCGCUCCCCAUCUACUUGGCCCUGCAGACGAGGCUGCCCUCCGGGUCUGCAGCAAAGGGAGAGUUGGAGAGCUGGCGCUCCUACCUGUCCCGGCUGCUGUUGCCCAAUCGGCGAAAGCUCAUCUUCCUUGGCUCUAGUGCAGCGUCCUUCUUCCUGCCAACGUUCCUGUGUUACAUGGCCUACGGACGAGAGUACUUCCAGGAGGCAUUUCUCUACCACGUCUCCCGGAGGGAUGUCCGCCACAACUUCUCUCCUCUUUUCUACCCGCUCUACCUAGCUACCGAAAACACGUCCGGCAGUGGCAGCACGUUUGCUGCGCUCUUGCCGCAGCUCUUGCUGAUGCUUUUGCUGUCCUUCAAGUAUGGGCAGCUGAGUGACCUGCCUUUCGCCCUGUUCUGCGUCACGUUUGUGCUGGUGAGCUUCAACAAGGUGUGCACGUCACAGUACUUCCUGUGGUACCUGUGCCUGCUGCCGUUGGUGUUGCCCAAGCUGGGCCUGAGCCUGAGGCGCAGUGUGCUUCUGCUGCUCAUGUGGCUGGGAGGGCAGGCACUGUGGCUGGUGGAGGCCUACUACCUCGAGUUUGGCGGCAAGCCCCUCUUUCUUCACGUCUGGGUGGCGGGCCUCAUGUUUCUCACAGCCAACACUUUCAUCCUCUGCUUCAUGAUGGCCCAUUACCAGAGUCACAUACCUAGAAGCAAGAAAGCGAAGAACAAAUGAAUGUACCGGUUUAAAUUCAUUUUUUAUUAUUAUUUAUUGGAGAGCAGCCAAAACUGGACUUGUGCGCUCCUCAAAUGUAGUCGGCACUCUUUUUUUCUGCCCUUGACUGUAGCUACUCGGAACUUCGGAUGCAGCAUAGUCCACUAGAGAUGGCUGCGCCCGCAAACCUGUGGUAGUGUGUGUAGUGGAUGGACGAUACAUAUAGGCCUGUGAAGCAACAGCCUCCCAUGCCUGUGCGCUUCAAAUUACACUCUCAUGAACUUGGAGGUGACUGAAUGUUCUUGUGGUAUGGCUAACACAUUUGUCGAAAGGUUGUGCGUGUCAAGUAUAAUGAGUAUGUGCCAGAUAUGCGAGGGUCCUCGUUGUUGCGAGCAACGUUUUGUGGCCCCUGUGUACCACACAACCCUUGCAUAUGCACCACAGAUGGAACACGGAGCUUUGUCAGCCUGCUUUAGAGGGCUGGGCGGCAUUGAACGAAAUGCUCAUGGAUGGGACAGCUGUCAAGGGCAUAUCGUUGUGGAGCUGUCCUAAGUUACUUAAUGGGCCAGAAAGAUUGCACUGUGCGUCAUUGCUUGCUGGACAGCUUGUCAGAGCUACUAGUCUUGAAAUGAGCACAAACAUUUUUCUGAACAUGCAGUCAAAGUGUAGAAACUUUACAGUCCCCAAGUACUCGAAAGGAAAAUACAGUGUCUAUGCACAUGUGACAGUGUGCAGUGUCAGGAAACCAUGUCAGUUGAUGAUUAUCGCAGAAACUAUUGCCAGCGAGUGUAAAGUCUGUGACAAAACGUAGGUGUUUCCCAUGUGUACACUGGAUAUUCAUUGCGAUGCAAAAGGCAUGUUGUACAUAUAGUACCACCAUCUGUGCAUCUGUCCAUGUGUCUGUCAUGCUGAUAGCUUUCACUGUACCUUCACUGGUGGUGACCAGCAUUGUCCAAACUAGUCAUGGAACAAGAUUAAUGGCUUGUUGACCGAUCUCUGUCCUUGUUCUUGCAAGUGACAGUCUGAACCCUAAAACCAAAUUUAUUUUGUCUGAUCUUUAUAUAAACUAUAUUUUUUCUAAAAUUAGCACCGUACUUAUGUGUCAUAAAUGACUUCAGCCACAUAUGUAAUAAGUUAACUUUAGGCAACAAGCACAGGCAAGGAAGAGUAUUUGCAAGUGACCAUCAUCUCAAAGCUUCUUGUAUCUACAUAAAGCACACACAAUCUGUAGUUCCAAUGUAGCUUUUGUGCAUGACGAAGUUCUUUUGACAGUUUAGUUUCUACUGGCAGUGGACAUGGCAGAAAUAUAACUCGUGAUAUCUUGUGUAAUUUUUCUUUGGUUACCCUAAUGUGCUCAGUGAUCGAAACGUCCACCCACGAAAUGAACGCACACUUUUUCCUCCUCAUCUAAACCAGCAAGGCUUCACUUGUUUAGGUAAAUGACAAAUAAUUUAUUUUAAAGACACCACAAUGAACAUUAUGUGAAGGAAUGGGUUGAAUGUCCUUAAUGACCCUAAACCCCCUCUUCACAAACACACUUUAACAAAAAAUUUCUUUCUCAGCUCCACCUAGCGUAGCACAGGAUCACCCUUGACUGAAAUGCGCACUGUACUGUAGUAAUCUCGGCGAUAAAGAAUCAGUUGAAUGCAUCUCUAUUCCUGUACCCUCGACGACAACACUAUGCAUUGGGAGCACCCGGUUAAAAGAUUUUGCUUGCACAACAAAGCGACGAUAGUGCAUCUAUUGAACCUCAAUGCUUUCAUUUCGAGGCUCAGCUUUGCUGCCCGCUUCCUUUGUGCCAAGUCGAGUGCUCAGCAGAGGUGCAAGGCUGAAAACGUCGACGGUCAUUUGAAGGGGUACCACUAAAAAGGGGUGGUGAUAAUGAAGCUUUAUGGCAACAUAUUCAAAUGCCUAUGAGCCUCUUUCGAUUAUGUUAAUAUGGUAUACAGUGAAGUCAAUAUUUCAAACAGGUACUUCUUUCAUUACGCAGGCACUAAAGCAAGAAAUAGGUUCAAUUAUAUCAGUAAAUUGCCCUUUUGCAGUGCCAGAAGAGCCACCGUUACUAUGUAUAUAUGCAAAAAACACAAGGCUGGUAGUGACACAGCUGGAAGUUUACACACCAGCUUGCUGUGACAUAAUGGAUUUUGAUCGGAUUUAGUUGGCCUCUAGUGUCUCUUUUAUUCGUGACUGCUGUCUAACAUAAUGGUCUAACAUCAAAUACUCGACUGGUUCACAUGUUGAGCCGUAACGAUAAAAAAAUGGUAGAAUAUUUUGCAAAUGGUAACUUCACGCUUCCAUACUGGCGCUGGAGUAUUAAUGCAAAUAGAAAAAAAACUGCACUGUGACCUUAAUUUUUUCUUGCAGUGAUUGACCUUCUGCUCCAAAAUUAGUGAACAGGCUUGAAACAGUACCCUGUCAAUCUAAAAUGAUCAAGUGUUCACAUAAGCUGUUAGUUGUAUGCUUAGAAGUUCCCAAAGUGCGUGUUUUAUGUGCAGUCUUAAGGCUACAAGAGAAACAAGAUGUCAUGACUUGCUGUUUCACAAGAUGGUUAUCAAAUUCAAGUUUCUAUAGUCGAGGUGCAACUUUAGAAGGCAGUGGCAUCUCCUCGAAGGUGCAUGCACACGAGCCUGCAAUGAUGAGCGCAUGCUCGUGACUGAUGCUGCAAGCUGUACGGUCAGUGACCCGACCGCCGGAGAACAUCACUGUGUGCAUGAGUGGGACUAUUUCUUUUGUCGUAGAGGCAAUCGGCUGCCGUGCUACAUAUGAAAGGGGCCUCUCCUGCCUUCAUGAAGGAAUCAUGUACCACUUUUCGAAGUAAUCAUCGAAUGACCUCAGUAUCAGAGUUUAUUGCCCCACGAAUCGAUUGCCACAAAAGUUCCUCGAAUCUAUCAGGAACGAGCGGAGCUACAGGUGUUUAUUGCGCACUUUAAGUGCUUUCUCUCGUCCCAACGAGCGCACUGGAAGCUACACAGGGAGGGACCACAUGGGAGAAAGAAGUUACAUCAGUGCACGUCAUGGCCUUGAGCGUGCGAGGUGAAACAUGAUCGCUCUCUCCUGUUGCGACUCCUCUGCACUAGGGGUUUCGCUGUGUAAUGUUAAAGGGGUCAUGAACCACUUUUCCAAGUAAUGAUCUAAUGAUCUCAGUAUUGGAGUUUACUGCCUUCUGAAUCGAUUGCCGCAAAAAUUUCUCGAAUCCGUCAAGAACGAGCGGAGUUACGGGGGUUUGGCACACACUCUCAGCGCUUUCUCUCUUUUCUCGUCCCAACAAGUGCACUGCAAGCUACACAGGGAGGGAUGGCACGGGGGAAAGAAGUUACGUCAGUGUGUGUCGUGAAACUCGAUCGCUCUCCCGCUGAUUCACGUGUGCGAGUGUGGCUACCGUGUAAAGUUAGCAGACUGAGGAGUGCGGUGCCGACAAGUGGCGGCACCCCGUGGCAAGAAGCGCGUCUGACCUGAAUGCCGCUCUCGAUUUUUGUCGGCUACCAGCCAAUGAGGAUGCUAUGUCUUUUGCAAUGCGGAGAAGCAGACACGCGACGUCAACCGGCAGGUGCUCCGCCCACCGACGAGAGUGACAACUGGCCUCUGUUUGAAAAGAGGGCGCCUGAGAAAACAGCAACUACGCGCUCCGCUUGCAGCCUUUACACGGCGCGCACGACUGCAAUUUGGCUGAGCAUUUCAUAGCCGUGUCAUAGCCGAGCAUUUCAUAGCCGCAGGAUGUGUUUUUUCAACAAGCCUAAGGGGUGCUUCAUGACCCCUUUAACACACUAUGGAGCGCGGCACCGGCAUGUGGUGGCACCCCAUGCAAGAAGCAGACGUGAUCUAAAUGCCGCUCUUGAUUUAUGUUGGCUGUUGACCAAUAGCAUGCUAUCCACUGUUCAACAUCAAACAGUAGGCACGAGCAGCUCCGAAGAGAGUGAGCACAGGGGUCUGUAUGAAAAGAAGGUGCCUGAGGAAAUGGUAACUUUGUGCUCCGCUUCUGAACUCUUUGCCAUGCACGACUGCAAGAUUUGGCUGAAGUGUUCAUAGCUGUGUCUGCUAUCCACAGGAUGUGUUUUCCCACCAAGCUUGAGGGAUGGUUCAUGAGCCCUUUAAAUUGUAUCCUACUAUAGAGCUCAUAGCACAAGAAACCAUCGCUGUAUGGCACACCUUUUCUUUUUCCAUUCAGACAGUGUUACUUGCAGUCUAGAUUGGGUUUAGUUGUAGUUUUGCAAUGCAGUUUUGUUGAGUUUCCCUGUAAGCAAACUAUUUGAGUUCGUGGACAACAGAUGUAAGGAACAAGAAGGGAAAUCUGGGUUAGUUGGUUAUAGUUCAUUUUCGAUCAGCUUACAGCGCAAAAAAGAUGAGGACACAGACCAAGAAUGCAAUGACACGUUAGUUAAGAGUCAGCGCUCGUGUCGUCGCAUUCUUGGUCUGUGUCCUCGUCUUUUUUGCGCUGUAAGCUGAUCGAAGAUGUAAGGAAGCUAGCUCUUUUUAACAGUUAAUUAGGGAUGGGCGAAUAUUCGGACGUUUCAAAUAUUGGAACGAAUAUUAAAGUAUUCGAAUUCGCUUCGAUACGAAUUUAUAUUAUUCGAAAUGAAUGAAUAUAUGUAUGUUUAACCGCACAUAACCCCCUGUAAAGGUGGUUUCACUGCAGCGUCAGGUUGCUGUACCGUGAAAUCACCCUGGCAGGGGAAAUCUGCACUGCUGCAAAGCCACACUUUAAGGUUAAGUGUACAUAUUUUUUUUUAAUUUAACAGCGUGUUAUAUGGUCUUAUAUGUGCUAAGUAUAGUAAUUUUUAACUUGUAACGUAUUGUACCACUUAUAACUCGCACCCUACUGCUAUUCAAAUUUUGAUACCAUUCAAGGUUUCUUCCACUUCAUUUCAAACCAAAAAAGUGACAUUCACUCAUACCUAGUUCCAAUUCUUAAAAAUAUUGUGCAAGGGUCAUGAAGAAAAUGCUCAAUUUUUCUUAAUAAUAUGUGGUGAGUACUAUUCGAACUAUUCGAUUUGAAAUUAUUCGACCAAAUCACUAUUUGCUUCGGAUUCGCUUCGAACCUCAAAUUUACUAUUCACCCAUCCCUACAGUUAAUCCCAUAAAGAGAUCCAUGUUAGAACUCCCAAUCAUAAAAUGUGUAAUCACAAAAUGAUCCCCUCCUGAAGAAACAGAAGUUCUGGACUUGUCGCAGUACACUUUUCUAUGCCCCAUUAUUAUAUAUGGCUACUUAAGAGAUGCAAGGUCAUUUUUUGAGCUGUAACAGAGGACCAUAUUCUCUUAUGCAUAAAGUACGAGCUGCAAACGCAACAACUAUGGAACGCUUAGCCGUUCUCCAUCCCCGGGCACAUACAAGUCUCCUUUUAAAUGAAAUUUUAUAUGUUAACUAAAUUUUAUAUGUUAACUGUCAAGUCAUUCACAAAUUUUAUGGAUGACUUGCAUGAUCUCAUUGCAACAGGUAUUGCUUGUGGAGCCUUUAUGACAGCCCACCAACCAUGCACUUUUUAGUUUUUUAAAUGUGACACUUCUCUCUUGUGGCCACUUAUUUGCAGUUUUUAUAACUGGCAUAAUUGCACAGAAAUUAUGUUCAGACUAAAGGCUAUGCAUCCAUGUGUGACUUACCGCAGCUAAUUUUAUUCCUCUUGAUAACAUUGGCAUUGAAGUGGUUUUCUUUUAUUAAAAAAAUUGCAUACAUUCAAACUGAGCUUCUCAAGUGGCACCAUUUGGCUAUGUUUACAUCAUUUCUUGGUUCGGAUAUGAGACAAUGUACUUAUCAUUACAUAUAGAAUACUGCCCAGAUGUAGCCCAUGUUCAUCGCCAAGCGUGUGUCUUUUAAGUGAUCUUGUUCUGGAUCUGGGCACGUGGUUUCUGCACAGGAAUACUACCAGUUAAAAGCAGGCUCGUAAACUCGGGAAUAUGAUGCAACCCGAACGGCAGGCAAGUCUCCACAUUCCCACAGAGGAACAUGCCACGCUGUGUUGCAAGCUGCUGUGGUUGCAGCACAGAAUCAAACCGCUUACGCAAUGACAUCUUGUCUGUAAUUUUGAUUUUAGCAAUUUGCAACUUUCUACAAACUAAAUAUUGCCAUUUUUCUUGACAUGUGGUAGUUAGCAAUGUCAUUUGCAAGUGGCUGGCCGGCUUCCCGUCAUGGCCAUGGUGGCUGAACAGUUGCAGUGCUAAGCUGGCAUUGAAGCAUUGUACAAGUGUAUGUGUGCUUAAACAUAGCAAGGUACUUGUAGCACAUGGAAGCGGCAUGCCUCACUGCAGAACCUGCCCAGUUUUCUUUUUCUGCAACGCUUUGAUGAUGAUAUGUGAUGUUUUGCAGCGCACGGGCCAGUUAUGGCCAAAGAGUGCCAAGAAAUGGUGUGUAAUGUGUAAGCAUUGGUAUGGUUAGUGACAUUUUGUUGUUUAAAGGGGUCCUAAACCACUUUUCCACGUAAUUGUCAAAUGACCUCAGUAUCGCAGUUUGUUGCCUCAUGAAUCGAUUGUUUCACAAAUUUCUCAAAUCCGUCAAGAAUGAGCAGAGUUACAGAGACUUUCGCACACUUUAAGUGCUUUCUCUCUUCUUUUGUCCUGACGAGCGUGCUGGAAGCUACACAGGGAAGGAUGGCAAGGGGGAAAAAGUUACGUCAGCACAGAUGAUCAAAUACAAUCACUGUCUCUCGCUGUGAUUCGUUUUUGUGAGUGUAGCUACUGUGUAAUGUUAUCACGCUAUGGAGAACGGCAUCGGCAUGUGGCGGCAUCCCGUGGCACGAUGCACACCUGGUCCAAGCGCCACUCUUGAUAUAUGUCGGCUAUUGGCCAAUAGUGUGCUAUCUGUUUGAUGUCGACCACAGGUGCCCCCCUUACCGAAGAGAAUGAGGAUGGGCCUCUGUAUGAAGAGAGCGCACUUGAGAAAAUGGUAACUUCGUGCUCUGCUUCUAAACUCUCUUUAUCACGCACGACUCCAAGAUUUGGCUGGCCUGUUCAUAGCAGUGUCUGCUUCCGGCAGUAUACGUUUUCUCACCAAGCCCGAGGGGUGGUUCAUGACCCUUUUAAGGUGGCUGUAUAGGGCCCUAAAACCAUGUGCAUAAGUGUGUAAAAUAUGCACGUGUUGCGAUUAUGAUAAUGCAACACUCCAAUGGUCUAGUCUCAGUAAGAGAGAAUUUGUAGAAGGGCAGAGAAGUUAGAGAUAGCUCAUUGGAGCCUGCUACUGCUUUGUGACAAUGGGAAGCAGAGAAUUGACUAUAAUCGUGACAGACGGCAUGUUUUACACAAUCAUAAAGCGAGUGCUGGGUUCAAGUCCACUACAAUGUCAUGUAAAAACUAGUUCCCUGUCAGCCUUACCACUGCACACUUUUGUUGAUGCAAACAUUCUGUAGUACUUAAUAUUUAUUGUGAAGAGUGAAGUGUUAGGCAUUUAUCGUUUGCAUUAGCAUUCAACGAUAUCGGCGAGGAAGGCAGGUAUUUUUAUAUUUUCCUUCAAGCACUAGUGCGACGUGAUGCAAGCGUGCAGCCUUGCUCCAGAUAAAUGAGUUUUGCCAAGUGGCUGUGCCUUUGCAAAUGUACAGCUGCUUGGAUGUACAAGCAAGGCACACGCAAAUGCCAUACACGAGUACGAACCUGUGCUAGUUGGAUUUGUGAUCAAUUUUCUGUUUACAAAUGCGACGAGCGACGGAGCAUACCGUUUCUCUCUCUUGUGCGGCCAUCUGCACUGAAUGCACAGGCCGUUGCACUUCAUACUGAGCAGUUGUGGCGAGGCGUCACUUUUUUCUCCCCGUUGCACCAUCUUCACUUUGUAAACAAGCAUGACCUGCUCUGUACAUUGUAAAUAUCCUAGUCAGCAGAGUACACCCCUGUGUAUUUCUUCAUGCAGCUGCUCAGUUUUGGUGAACUUAAUAUUUUGUAUGCACUUCCUGCCUAUAGCAUUAUCAAAUAUGCUAGCAUCUAUGGCCAAAUGACACUUUUCGAUUCCCUCACCCCUCGAUUGUAUUCUUGUAUGCAUCCCCUAGUUCUUUUAGGCGUGUCUGCACACCACUUGGAGGUGCACGCUUUUCUUUUGUUUCUGAAACGGCUUCAUACACCCAACCAAGGAUUGUUUGUUAAUUUAUUGUUUACACAUUUUUUGUUGCAUUGACGUGUGGAUCCCUUGAGAGGGAAAUAAAGUGGCAGAACAAAA